AGAGAAGUUAGUAGCAAGUCAGAGAAAAUAAGUUGCUCCUUUUAAGAGAGUUGUUCGCUUGGACUUUUCUCAUUGACUCUAUUUUGGAAUUUGUUCAGAGUUAACUGGGAGCUACUUGAGAGUUAGAAAGAAAAAGAAGUUGCCUGAAAAUAUGUCUGAUUCUGGAGUCAAUCCACACUUGGAGGGAAUUAUUUCUGAUUUUGAAGCUCUGAAGAGGUCCUUUGAGGUGGAGGAUGUCGACACUCACUCUUCCCCCGGCUCCCGUCGGACAACCAACACCCCUCACCGUAACGCCAUGUCUCCCACCAGCAUCUACUACCGUGACCUGGGCACUGCUGCCCAGGCCACCAACAACAACAACCUCAACUAUACCCAACCCCGCUCCAUCAUGGGUGGAGGAGGCUCCAGGACCCCCGAGCCUGUGUCGCGCCGUUCCGAGCUAUCCAUCGACAUCUCCUCUUCUUCCAGCAAGCAGGUGGACAACAUCACCAGCCCCGCUUCCGCACGCUUUGCGACCAACAGCGCCCUGAAACGCCCUGAAGUCCUGGGCCACUCAAAGACCCCUGAGCUGAGCCACAAGAGGGAGGUCACUUUUGCCAAGACGCCCACUGAUUCUCCAGUGAUACGUCGCAAUGAGGGCAACAAUAACAACAAUGGCACCAGCCGGACCCCUGAGCAGAAUCACGCUCGCAAGUUUGAGCCUCCUAGUCCCGGAGAUGUCCGCAAACCUGAUAUCAGCAUCACCAGAGCUCCCCCAGAAAACAACGGACACCACCCAGCAGUGCACCACCCACACCACCCCAACCCUCACCACAACACCAUCGUCACCACCUUCCGCUGCUCCUCGCCUAAUCAUGCUGGACGAAAAUCCCCCAACCCUGACAGGUCAGAGGUCAAUCUGAGCCACAGCAACAUGUCAGAGUCCGCUAAGCCACACCAUCCUACCCCACAAGGUAAGGGGGAGAAGACCCAUGGCAGCGACUUCAGCUACGUGGGCAUCGAUGCCAUCCUGGAGCAGAUGAGGAGAAAGGCCAUGAAGCAGGGCUUCGAGCUCAACAUCAUGGUUGUGGGUGAGUCUGACAUAGACGUCACACAUUUAAUUCAACAUUUAUUAAAAUCAGUUCAAAAUGUGUCGUCUCUUUCUUCCUCCAGUCUGAGGCCUCUGGAUGUGGAGUUCAUGAGGCGUCUCAGCAAGGUGGUCAACAUCGUCCCCGUCAUUGCCAAGGCUGACACGCUCACCCUGGAGGAGAGGGACUACUUUAAACAGACGAUUAGGGAAGAGCUGCGAGCCAACGGAAUCGAUGUUUACCCUCAGAAAGAGUUUGACGAGGAUGCAGAGGACAGGCUGAUCAAUGACAAAAUCAGGGAGAUGAUCCCUUUUGCUGUUGUGGGCAGUGACCAAGAGUACCAAGUGAACGGCAAGAGGAUUCUGGGAAGGAAAACAAAAUGGGGCACCAUAGAGGUGGAGAAUAUUGCACAUUGUGAGUUUGCUUACCUGCGAGACCUCCUCAUCAGGACACACAUGCAGAACAUCAAAGACAUCACUGGCAGCAUCCACUAUGAGACGUAUCGUGUCCGCCGUUUAAAUGAAUCCAACGCCCAUUUCAGCACACACCCAUCUGACCAUCCUGAUGUUCAACCAAAGGCCAACGGUCAGCCUGAGGAGCAGCCCAGCGCCCUGCAGGCCAAUGGGGUGGCUGCUCAGCACGAAGCCCUGUCCCACGAGAUGUAGAGAGUCCUGUGAGAAGCCAAUCACCAAUUUAUGAUAUCAGGACACAGCCAGGCACAAAACAUACACUCCCACAUGUAUUCUGUUUACAUAACCCCACAAACACACACUCAUGCUGUGAAGCCCAGUUUUGUUACCUAGAAGGACUUUUUCUUGCCAAAAAACUACCUAACCGCAAAGUACAAGACACAGGAUGCAAAGUAAAUUUCCAUAUUUUCCAUCAUUAUUUUUUUUUAUUGUUGCAACUCUGAGCAAAAUCCUGUCUUCCCUGCAGAUCCACAUACUGUACAGAACUCGCUUGUUUUUUUUUCCAUCUGACUGAGUGCCCAAUGCAAUCUACAUUCAGGAUUGUUUACAAUAAGUCAUGAAAGUUGUCAGGUAGAAACAAAAGUAAAUCUAUAUGUCUCCUUAUUGAACUUUGAGCUGCCAGGUUUAUUUUUAGAGCUUUCACUGACUGUCAGGACUGCAGUGGAGCGCAGUAGCCAUGCAACUAAAAUGUAAGUAAAUCACCAGUGAAACAAUGUGUGAGAUUUUGAUCAGAAUCAACCACAAUGAUGGAAAACUAUGAGAAAAAGCCUAUUGCAUACAGAAUACCUUUGCAAGAUCUUGGGUUGACAAGAGGUUUAACUAUGCAAUCCUGUCCAGAUGAGGAGAAAUAUCAUAAUUCAAAAUGAAGUACUGCAUAUCAGAUGAUACUAGAAUAGCUCUAAACUAGGAAUAACUGUUUGUGCCACUGGCCUGGUCUGCUUUGUGUUGUUGUGUAUAGAUUUGUAUAGAUACUAGGGUUAAGUAGGGUAGAUUAGGUUUAUAGUAUAAUGGAGAAAGUAAAGAUAUUGUUGACACCUCCACACUGCAAAAUAAUAAUAAAAAAAGAAAGCAGUAGCAGUGUGGAGCAGCUUUUGGAAAAAUAAGUCCUCUUGUCAUUUUUCCAUUGUGUUAUGUUUUUAAAACCCCUUUUAGCCAAACAACCCUGUCUCUUUCUCAUAUAAUGCCAAUGUUGUGUAAUACAGUCAUACCUUGCAUUUUACAUCGCUCAUUUAUUAUUGUAUUUUUAUUGCUGUUGUUCAUGUUCUAAUAUUAUUGUAUAAGAUGGGAGGAAUCUGUGCAACUGUUGUCCCAUGCAGCUGUUUUAUCCAUUUUUUUCGUAAACCAAAUAAAAGUCAAAUUUUCUGUUCUAAAGAGAAGCACAUACAGUAUAUAGAGUUGAUUUAUGAAUAGGUAUUUAUGUGUAUGUUUAGUGUGAUCAGUUUAAUUAAACGUUCAUUCCAGCUGUUGGCUUCCAGAGGUUUUUCGCAGGUCUUUAACAGUGAUCUUCUAGCUGUAGACAGUGUUUGAUUUUUGUUGCCUGCAUUCAUACAGUAUGUUGUACCAUGUUGGCUAGGUUGCACUAUAACUAAGCACCAAAGGAAAUGUGGUGGUCUAUAUUUGUGCAUCGAUUAUUAAUAAUCGCGACUGAUCCUGGCAAUAGAUAACAGAACAGUUACAUUCACAUUGCAAGCCUAAAGCAUUUUGUCAGAGGGGAAUGUUUUACUGCCACUGAGAGCAAGAAUUUAUGCCAAGAAACAUUAAACAACACCCAUACAGUAACAUGAUGCAACUGAUAUUUUUUAAUAUUUGUGGAAAAAUGUGUGCAUUCAUACGCACCGAAUAUUUUUAUAGAGGCUACAUCGAAAUUGAAACCAUUUCCUAAAUCGGAAGCGUAUUUUCUGCCUCUUUAGGUCACAACAAAAAUGUUUUACACAACAUACAUUAUUUGGUUACACUUUGUUUACUGUUGUAUAGUUCUUGUGUAAUUUGUUAUGGUAUCAUAGAUUAAGGUUUUAUCUUUAAUAUGCUAUCUCGAAGAAUAAAGAUUGAUAUUUUUAUUGUUUAAA